GUUUUUUCUUUCUCGUAAGACUUCAUAAGUGUGAAAAAUCGAGACUUGGAACAUUGAAUGGCAUUUUGUGUUUCUCGGAUAGUUGCCUGGCUAACACCCGGGAUGUACCAAGUCCCUCGUCACGCGCGGCAAAAAUUGUUCUGGUUUUUAUGUUUCGUCCUUGUUUCCAUAUCUUGGGGAUUUGUAUUCUGGACAGGAGCUGUAAUAGUUAAGCGAAACUUAGAGUCCAACCGAUAAAAUAUCAUUCUUAAUUUUCAAGUUGUUGAAUGGAACUCAUUGAUCCCCAAAAUCCCAGGCUUUUAACAAAUCUCGAAGUUCUGAAGCUUAUCAAAGAUAAACUUGAAUCUAAAAAGAAAGUCAGGCGCCAGCAAACGCUAUUGUAUACGGGCGCAAAGUAUUUAAAUACCAAAUCACCUUGUAGCAAACAGGAAGAAUCAGGAGUACAGGGAUUUGCUAAUGAUGUCAAGGUAUUUAAUUUAACAAAAUCUGAGAUUCUCAUGCUUAUCAAUCACUGUCCCAGUAGUCAAGUGGAGCUAUCAGUAAUAAUCAGUGAUUUGGAUUCUCGAUUAUCUAACAGUCAAACUGACCAACUCUUACAAUUAAUAGAAAAGCAUUUUCCCGAUGGUGUUACUGCAAGUCAAAUGAUCAAUUCCACUGGUACAUUAGAGGCAUCUGAAGAUAUAUAAUUAUUACUACUUGUAUUUAUCUCCCAUCCUAACAUAAAUACAUUUUACUAGUCUUUCACUUUUCGUUAGUUUAUUCUCUAAAGUCAUAGAUGGAUAAGUAUGGAUUAAUGUUUAAAUAGUUCGAAACGAGCAUCUUAAUCAAGUUCUUGCAAACUACCAAAUUUCGUCCUGUAUAAGACUAGCUUUAUUUGAUGAGAGCUCAUUCUUUAAAAGCUGUACAAAACGUUUACGUAUGUAGAUUGUUUGCAAAGCUUUGUUUCGAAAAUACCAAACCCUGCAGAGAUUUGGUAAAAAUAUAGUAAUUCACGGUACUCUGGUUCAAAUGUCUACCAACUGAAGUUGACAAGAUAUAUAUUAACGAUCAUUAGCAGUAUCAAUGAUAACACGAAAAAUUAACAAAGGAUGCGGUUUCAUUGGAUUAGAUGCGAUUAAUGAAUAAGAGGUAUAAAAUAAUUUUACAAUCCAAAAUUUGACGGAAAACGAAAAGUAGAUAUAUCCACGCUACUGCGACAAAUUUUGAG